AUGGGAAAGGCAAAACAGUGGGAAGUAAUGGACUUGAGAGUUUUUGAGGCUGCCCAUUUGGGAAAUAUCAAUGCCAUUCAAGAUUUAAUAGACGAGAUUGCGGAUGUUUUGGAGCAAGUCACCAGUUCCAGCCAGAAUUCAGUUCUACAUGUGGCUGCAAGAGCUGGACAGGCAGAAUUUGUGUCUGAAAUUUUGAGAAUCAAACCUGAAAUCUUAUUCUACGUCAAUAGUAAGCUGGACACUGUCCUGCAGGAAGCUGCAAGAGAAGGACAUUCGGCUGUUGUUGAAGGUGUUGUUGGAAGGAUUUGCUACAUGCUCGACGGCUCUGACAGGUCGGUUCUCCAUAUCGCAGCGAUGAAAGGACAAUUCAGUGUUGUUCAUGAAAUACUGUCCUGCAGGCCUGACUCUACCGACAUGCUCUCCACAAUCGGUGAAACUUUUGUAGAUUCUGCAGUGGAGGCGAACCAGAUCGAAAUUGUCAAGCACGUGGGUGACCUUCUUCACACAUCGAAGCUUAUCAGGACACAAGACAACAAGGGCAAUAUAGUUUUACAUGUUGCUACCAGGAAAAAGCUCAAGCAGCACAUGAGUAUUGGACUAGGAAAUGAAAGAAUGACUCUUUCUAGACAUGUAAGUAUUGUUUCUACUGCUUAG